UGUUAGUCUAACUGCAGUUAUAUAAUUGAAUAUAGUUGAAUAUGUUAACUUUUCGAUUCGUAAUGAAUUAUGAUUUAGAGUAUCUAUACAUUUUAAUUAAUUAGAAAAAUUGUUUUUAACAUAUUUAAGCUUAACGUACUUAUAAUUGUUUAAUCAUUUCUACGUUUGCUCGUACACUUUUUUCAUUGUAUCAUGAAACCACAGCGAACCGUUCGCCGUGCAAUCAGAUCAUCGUCGGAAUUAAGCGGGUCAUCCGUCUGUUCGAAAUCCAAUCGUGAUGUUUCGAAAAAAGAAACGAGUUUCGACGUAUUGACGUAUGGUGGCGGCGACCCGAUUUCUGUAGAUGAAACGUCGAACGAAAUAGAGCGAUACGCUGAGGAAUCGCACGCGGCCCGAACGAGCCCGCAAUGGUCGAUCGAUAACAAUGUCAAAACCAAAGAACGGUUGGAAAUCGACACGUCGAAUGAAAUGAGUAGCAAAAUGUAUCAGAUGAAUAAGUUGAUAAGUCUGUUGAAUUGCAAAUACUCGAAGACGAAAAAUCCCAUAGACGAUCAGCUCCAGCCUACCGAUCUGAUGGUCGAAAAAAAAUCGAGAUUCGAUCGUUACGACGCAGAGGAUUCUCGAAGUUUCAGCAGCGAUCGCGAAAAUAACGCCGAGAACUCUAGAAGCUGCAGCGGUGACCGCGACGGCGAAGCCGCCACUUCGACUUCGUUCUCGUCGUCUUGGCUGCCGAGCUCUGACAGUAUCAUUUCCGACGGCCGUUAUUUGUUCCCCGGCAAACCAGCAGGGACAGUGCAGGCGAUGACCAUCAAAAAAGUCCCGAAGAAGCGUGGCCGUAAAAAGACAAUUCGGCGGUCGACUCAUCCGAAAGGUGGUCGGGAUUCAGUGGACGGAACCCCGUCGGAAGUGCUGCUGUUGUCGUCAGGGCCGAACGGGUUCGGCGACGAUUUCGGUAAGUACUUCACGAAUUCUUCGGCAGCGUUCAUCCAACGAAAGAAGAGAGAACAGCAGAUCAAAGACGUAUAUGCGGCAACGCCGGAAAAAAACACUAGGGCGCCGGUGGCGAUGGCCCGGCGGACGACCGACCGCAGUCACCAAGCAUCGUCUUACAUUAAUCGCAAAAUAAGGAGCCGAGAAAUCACGCGCACUAACAAAAUAAUCGCCGACAAGAUAUUGAAUGUCCGGAUGACCAUACCGAAAACCAAAAAAUAAUCGAUUACCGCACCUGCGAACACACAUCGUCACCAUCAUCAUCAUCAUCGUCAUCACCAAGGGGCGUUCGUUGUGCAUUCACUUAUUAUUAUGCGUGUGUGCUGCGGUAUAGUGUUUUUUUUUCCAUUCACCGGUAUACGAUUUACGAAAUAUAUUAUGCAUAAAUAUA